UUUUAACUCGCGGUUGCUGUGGUAAUGGUGAAAAAAGUGAAAUGAUUUUCAUCACACGGAUCAUCGCCAAUCCGUCGAUUCGGCAGGUGGCGUUUAGCCGGGUACGCUGUUGUUUGCCUGCGGUUUCCGUUCCCACGGUGGCCAACUAUUCAGCGAAAACAACAAAACCGGACAGUGGUAGCGAAAGCAGAGGCGCCACCGGCGCACGUAGCGAGAGAAAAGCGAAAAUAUCUCCGAAAGUAACGCUGAUCGGAUCGGAUGAAUCGAUUUCGGUGGUGAACCUGGAAGAAGCAACCAAGAUAUCGAACCGUCGGAACCUGAAAUUGGUGAAGGUCAGCGAUCUCGAUACCAAAACACAGCGUCCGGUUUAUCGUUUGAUGACCGGUUCGGAGUACCUAACGGAGGACUUGAAACGGCGUGAGGAGAAGAAAAAGAGCAAACAGGACGCCACCGUCAAGGGUGAUAAGGUGCUCACGAUCAGUGCCCGGAUAGCGGAACACGAUCUCGUUUCGAAGAUGCAGAACGUGCAGCGGUGGCUUAACAAAUCGUUCGAGGUUCGUGUGGUGGUCACCGCGGACGGUGCGGCAAAUAAGGCCAAGCUGGAGGAUAUCGUAUCACGGUUCGAGACGAGCGUCAAGGAGUGUGGCAAAAUUGUCCAGAAGCGGCUGCGGGAUAACGAUAUGCGUUUCAACAUCCUUCCGAGUGGCGGCGGCUUGAAGAAGACACUGCUCGAUGCGUCGAAAGAAUCGACCACCGGUGAUGCGCAAUCCACAAACCGUGGCAUACACACCCGCGCGGGACUGAUGGCGUGACAAUCACAGUCCCAGGGCAGGGGCCCGUUGCCCGCUGGCCCCACCGGGAAAGGAACCGGAAUCAAGCGCACUACAAUUACGGGAUGUGUCGCGCUGGUACUGUUGGCCAAGUAUGCGUUUUGGGCCUAUCUACUCAGGGGCGGUGAAAGGUGACGUUUUCCGCUACGGGAUGUGCGGUAAAGUGUAAAGCAAAUAAAUUAGCUUCGUUCUAGA